AGAACCCCCCCGCAGCCCGCACCGAGCUCCUGGCAGCCUGCAGAGCUAGCGCGCAGCGAUGGGCUCCCUGCUGAGCAGCGACAGCUCCAAGUCCGCGCCCGCCUCCGCCUCCCCGCGGCCCCUGGAGCGCAGCGGGGACCCGGAGCUUCCCAUCACCUCCUUCGACUGCUCGGUGUGCCUGGAGGUGCUACAUCAACCGGUUCGGACCCGCUGUGGCCACGUGUUCUGCCGAUCCUGUAUUGCAACCAGUAUAAAGAAUAAUAAAUGGACAUGUCCAUACUGCCGGGCAUACCUUCCUUCAGAGGGAGUUCCAGCAACUGACAUAGCCAAAAGAAUGAAAUCAGAAUACCAGAACUGUACUGAGUGUGGAACUCUGGUUUGCCUCAGUGACAUGAGGACGCACAUAAGGACUUGUGAGAAGUACAUCGAUAAAUAUGGGCCACUGCAAGAACUUGGCGAGACAACAACAAGAUGUGUAUGUCCAUUUUGUCAGAGGGAACUGGAUGAAGACUGCUUGCUGGAUCAUUGUAUUACCCACCACAGAUCAGAAAGGAGGCCUGUGUUCUGCCCACUUUGCCAUUUACUACCUAAUGAGAGCCCAAGCACCUUCAAUGGCAGUCUAAUUAGACACUUGCAAGUCAGCCACACUUUGUUCUAUGAUGAUUUCUUAGACUUUGAUAUAAUCGAGGAAGCCCUUAUCCGAAGAGUGUUAGACCGCUCACUUCUUGAAUAUGUGAACCACUCAAACACCACAUAAUUUUAUAAAUAGCAAGGGACCAUUCACUUAUACCAUUUAAGAUGCUGCUUGAAGGACUGGAGGGAAAUUGUCGAUGUUUGAUGGAGAAAACUGUACUACAGUGUUACACACUUGUCUUUGCUAUGUUGCAUUCAAAAACUGCUUUCAUUCCAGUUUAGAACUGCCUUUACAUUCUUGAGUUUCGUAGACAUUUAACCACAGGCAAUAGUCUCCAUAAGCUAUUAACAGAUGGAAGAGACAGAGGCUGAGUAUGUGGUGAAGGAGCUCCAUGUGCACAUUGGUGAUGCUGUGCAUAAUGCUACAUGUUCAUGACUAUCAUCAUGGUUAGGCAAGAUAACCAAUCUCUGUUCUGCACAAAAAGAUGGAGAAAGGAACAAAAUAUGGACAUUAAAGGAAAUCUGAAAUUUAUUCAAAUCUUCAUGCUCUAAUCUCCAAUAAAGGAAUGUAAAUAACCUCAUGUGAAAGGAGGAAAGGAAAGAACUUGAAAUCAACAAAAUCCAUUUUAACCAAAUUACAGUACCUAAUACGCUAAUGGAUUUUGUGUUUGGAAUGUAUGCUUAGUUGGGCAUGGUGGUGAAUGCCUGUAACCCAAGUAUUUGGGAGGUGGAAGGAUCAGAAAUGUAAGGCCAGCCUUGGCUAAUGAGACCAUAAAAAACAUUAAAAAACUGAAAAAAGAUUA